UGGAGGGUAUUUUCAUGGAUGGUGACGUGCUGUUGUCCUGGGUUUCUCCUCGCCAAGGCCGGACACAUGGACAAGCCCAAUGUGCAGCAGGCCUGGCGCGAAAAGGUCGCCCUGUGCGUUAUCUGUUUCUUGAUGUGCUGUGCCCUGGCCUUUCUCAUCUUUGGAUUCACCUCGGUCGUCUGU